AUGUCAUUUCUCUGCCGUUGAACAGAUAAUCUGUCGCUUUUGUCUCUUCCCCAUUACUUCCUCUCUCACAUACACAAACACAAGCACACUCUCUUUUUAACUCCCAAACCACAUUCACAUUGAUACCUCUUUCUUUUUCCUCCUUCUGUCUGAAUAUUUCUCUCAGCAUCUUCUCCUUCAUUCACUUCCAUUCCUUCUUCCUAAUAAUCAUUACUCUCGAGACUCUUACAUGCCCCAAAUGGGUUCUAGAGCACGUUGGCGACAGAGUUGGGCUCCACAGCCUUUGACACCCUUAAUCGAAGGUCCUGGCCCUGAAAUGCAAGAGGAGGGCACCAAGAAAGAGAGUUCAUGGGAAGUCAUUAGGGAAUGGUUCAGAACUCAGAAGAUCUCUCCAGGUGGAAGCUUCUCACAAUCAUUCUAUGGAACCAUUCAUGCCAAGACCCAAGAUUUAAGGCUUUUGCUCGGUGUCUUGGGAUGCCCUUUGGCUCCUAUUCCCUCAGCUCAUGAUCCCACCCUUAGCAUUCACAUCAAAGACACCCCAUUUGAAACUUCAACUGCCAAGUACAUUAUCCAACAGUAUUUGGCUGCAACUGGGUGCCUGAAGCAGCAAAAGGACACCAAGAACAUGUAUGCCACUGGGAUGGUGAAGAUGAUAUGUUGUGAGACAGAGAUUUCAUCUGGGAAGAACGUAAAGUGCUUGGGAACAAGAAGCAGUGAAAAUGGUUGCUUCGUACUUUGGCAGAUGCUACCUGGGAUGUGGUCACUUGAAUUGGUCGUUGGUGAUCACAAGGUGGUUGCAGGAAGCAAUGGCAAAACUGUGUGGCGGCACACACCAUGGCUAGGCACACAUGCAGCUAAAGGACCCCAAAGACCCUUGCGCCGAAUCAUCCAGGGUUUGGAUCCGAAGACCACAGCGAGUUUAUUCACGAACGCGCAAUGCUUGGGCGAGAACCGAAUCGGGACCGUUGAUUGCUUUGUUCUGAAGGUUUCUGCCGAUCGUGCGGCGGUGGUUGAACGGAGCGAGGGUCCCGCAGAAGUGAUAAGGCACAUUCUCUAUGGUUAUUUUUGUCAAAAGAGUGGGCUCCUCAUAUACCUCGAAGACUCUCACCUCACACGGGUCCCAACGCAGGACAAUGAUACGGUGUUCUGGGAGACCACCACAGGCAGCAGCAUCGGCGACUACAGAGACGUUGAUGGAGUCCUCAUCGCCCAUCAAGGGCGCUCCAUUGCCACGGUAUUCCGGUUCGGCGAGCUCUCAAUGCAGCAUAGCCGAACCCGGAUGGAAGAGAUUUGGACCAUUGAUGAUGUGAUGUUCAACGUGCCUGGACUCUCCAUGGACCAUUUCAUUCCUCCAUCAGAUAUCUUUAACAACAUAAGUUCUCCAUAAUAACCUAACUUUAUUAGAGGGGUUUGGUUUACCUUUUUUUUUUUUUUAAUUAUGAUUUUCUCAUUUUUAGAAUUUGAAAUAAUUUUCAUUUUGGUCUCCCAAAUUCAAAAAGAAGUUUUAGUCCCUCAAAAUUAAAAAAAAAAUGAUUUCAGUCCUUAAAUAAUAAAUUUAAAAAAUUAAAAUGAGUUUUUAAUAUUUUUUAUGUUUUAUUGGUUAGGGUACAUGGUUUCAGCUUCGGGGUUCAAGGGUUAAAAACUAUUUUUAAUUACUUAAAUUUAAUGCUUAAUGGCUAAAAUUAUGUUUUUUUUUUCUAAAUUUCAGGGACUACUUUUUCUUUUUAACUUGGGAGCCAAAAUCAGAAUUAUCUCAAAUUUUAAAAUUAAAAAUCAUAAUUAAACCUUUUUUCUUCUUCUUGAGCAAUGUGAAUUGUAGUAUUACUUAAUUUUGGGGGUGGUAUAAUGAAAAGAAUUGGUGGGAGAAGGUGUAAUUUUACUUUUUGCCUUUGUUCAUGUUUUCUAAUGUAAGCUUUUAGUGGGCACUAGUUAA